AAGUUUUUAUACUUAUAUAAAUGAAAAUGAUGAUGAAGAAAUAAAAUGGCAAAUUUCUUCUGAAAAUAAUAAAAUUUUAUCAGAACAAUCACAAGAAGAAAUAGACUUAGAGGAAGAAUUGAUGUCAUAA